AGGACCUGUACAAGGAGGCCAUGAUGGAGGAGCACCAGCCUCUUAUAUCACAAGAGAAUUCCAGUAAAGAUUUUAAAGGAAACUUCUUGCUAAGACCAAAUUAUAAUGUAGAACAUGAAGAUCUCAUGCAGCACUCUUCAGGAGGCAACCAUGUUAAUCUUAAUGUAUUUUCAGGACUUCCUAUUACAGAUCUAUCACAUAAUCCCCCUAAUCAUGAGGAACCUUCUGUUAACCAAUCACAGAUUGUUACCAGAAGUGCAGGUCAAAAAGAGCUCCAGCCUGGUAAAGAGUUUACAAAGAGAUCUAGUCACAGAACUACACACAGAAGAAUUCACAGUGUGGAGAAGCGCCAUUUAUGUUUAGAAUGUGAGAAAUAUUUUACGGAUAAAUCAAGUCUUGUUAAACAAAAGAGUAGUCAUAGAGGAAAGAAGCCAUAUUCGUGUUCAGAAUGUGGGAAAUACUUUGGCUAUAAAUCAAUUCUUGUUCAACAUGAGAUAAAUCACACAGGAGAGAAAACAUACUCCUGUUCAGAAUGUGGGAAAUGUUUUGCACAAAAAUUUGAACUUGCUUACCAUAAAAUACGUCACACACAAGAGAAGCGAUAUUCAUGUUCAGAAUGUGGGAAAUGUUUUGUAGAUAAAUCAUAUCUUGUUAUACAUGAGAGGAUUCAUACAGGGGAGAAACCAUAUUCAUGUUCAGAAUGUGAGAAAUGUUUUGCAGAUAAAUCAAGUCUUGUUAAACAUGAAAGAAUUCACACAGGAGAGAAGCCAUAUGCAUGCUUAGAAUGUGAGAAAUGUUUUUCAGAUAAAUCAAAUCUAGUUACACAUGAGAAAAUUCACACAGGAGAGAAGCCAUAUUCUUGUUCAGAAUGUGGGAAAUCUUUUAUACUUAAAUCACAUCUUACUAGACAUAAUAGAAUUCACACAGGAGUGAAACCAUAUCCAUGCUCAGAAUGUGGAAAAUGUUUUGCACGUAAAACAAAUCUAGUUAGACAUGAGAGACAUCACACAGGAGAGAAGCCAUAUUCUUGUUCAGAAUGUGGAAUAUCUUUUAUACAUAAAUCAAAUCUUACUAGACAUAAGAAAAGUCACUCAGGAGUAAAGCCGUAUUAAUGCUCAGAAUGUGGAAAAUGCUUUACAAAUAAAUCAAGUCUUGUAGCUGAGAGAAUUCACAUAGGAGAGAAACCACAUUCGUGUUUAGAAUGUGAGAAAUGUUUUGCAGAUAAAUCAAAUCUAGUUAUACAUGAGAUAAUUCACUCAGGAGUGAAGCCGUAUUAAUGCUCAGAAUGUGGAAAAUGCUUUACAAGUAAAUCAAAUCUAUUUACACAUGAGAGACUUCACACAGGAGAGAAGCCAUAUUCUUGUUCAGAAUGUGGAAAAUCUUUCAAAAAUAAAUCAUAUCUUAUUAGACAUAAGAGAAUGCACACAGAAGUGAAGCUGUAUUCAUGUUCAGAAUGUGAGAAAUGCUUUAGCUAUAAAUCAAGUCUUGUUAAACAUGAGAGAAUUCACACAGGAGAGAAGCCGUAUGCAUGCUUAGAAUGUGGGAAAAGUUUUAACCAAAAAUCAGGACUUUUUUCCCAUGAGAUUUUAUCACACAGGAGAAAAGCCCUAUUCAUGUUCAGAAUGUGGAAAAUGUUUUGCAGAUAAAUCAGGUUUUGCUAAACAUAACAACAGUUUUAAUGUUUUGUAAGGCAUUUAAAUUGUAAAACUCAUUAGAUCAGAAGAAAUUACUUUUUGGAAUAUGGGAAA